AGUUGUAGCUUGAAACAAUUAGAGAAGACUGAUUUUAAAGAAGAUUUAGUGUAGAAGAGUAAGUAAUAUAACAACUACAUUGUAGCCCUGAUGAAAAUGAGAUUUCUCUUCUUUAUUGUCUUGUUUCUUGUGCUCUUUUCUUGUUCAGGUGCAUAUGAUCCUUUGGAUCCAACUGGAAAUGUAACAAUAAAAUGGGAUAUUAUGUCUUGGACAACAGAUGGCUAUAUUGCAAUUGUAACAUUGUUCAAUUUCCAAACGUUCCGGCACUUCAUGAAACCUGGAUGGACCAUAGGCUGGACAUGGGCAAAGAAAGAAAUCAUAUGGUCCAUCAAUGGUGCUCAAGCGGUUGAACAAGGCGACUGCUCCAAGUUCAAAGCAAACAUACCUCAUUCCUGCAAGAGAAGCCCUGCAGUUGUGGACUUGCUUCCCGGUGCUCCUUUCAACCAGCAAUUCGGUAAUUGUUGCAAAGGUGGAGUAGUGGCAGCAUGGGGCAAAGAUCCUUCAGCUGCUGUCUCUCAAUUUCAGAUUACUGUUGGAUUAUCCGGUACUUCAAAUAAAACAGUGAAACUUCCAAAGAGCUUCACCUUGUUAGGUCCAGGACCAGGGUACACUUGUGGCCCUCCAAAGAUGGUGCCUUCCACCAAGUUUCUUACUCCUGAUGGUCUGCGAAGAACUCAGGCCCUGUUGACUUGGAAUGUUACCUGCACUUACUCACAAUUCAUGGCAAGAAAAAACCCAAGUUGCUGUGUAUCUCUUUCAUCUUUCUACAAUCAGAUACUCACUCCCUGCCCAACUUGUGCGUGCGGUUGCCAAAACAAUGACACUUGUGUCAAUGGCGAUUCCAGAAUUCUUCAAUUGCCGGUAGGAAACACAACCCGGAAAGAUAAUAGCUCUCUUCUGCAAUGCACACACCAUAUGUGCCCGGUUCGAGUGCACUGGCAUGUGAAGGUGAACUAUAAGGAGUACUGGCGUGUCAAGAUUGCGAUCACAAAUUUCAACUACAUGAAGAACUACUCGACUUGGACCCUCGUUGUACAGCAUCCGAAUCUCAACAACGUAACGCAAGUUUUUAGCUUCGAGUACAAACCUCUCAUUGCCUAUGACUCGAUAAAUGACACAGGGAUGUUCUAUGGCAUGAAGGACUACAAUGACGUAUUAAUGGAAGCAGGGCCACUUGGAAAUCUUCAGUCUGAGGUGCUUCUUCAGAAGGACCAGAACACUUUCACCUUCAAGCAGGGAUGGGCAUUUCCACGGAAAGUCUACUUCAAUGGCGAUGAGUGCAUGGUACCCCCGCCAGAUACAUACCCAUUUCUGCCCAAUUCUGCUCUUGGAUCCCCACACUUCUCCAUGUUGAUUUCUACGUUGAUUUUCCUGUUCGUGUAUAUCUGGUAAUUUAUGGCGUUUGAAGCAGAGGAAAUAAUAGAGCAUCAGAAGUUCUGAGCCCAGAUACAUUU